AUGGAACCUAUUGCAGCUACUGAACCAGUGCCUGCCGUUGACAUUGCAAUUGUGGACAACCUGGCUGCAACAAUAAGCGCCGUAAUUAAGCCACAGCCCGAGUCGGUCAUCGAUGCAACAGCGCACAAAAUCAACGCCCUAUGCGACCAGAUUGAGGAGCUCGCCAACACUAUUGUCAGCAGCUGCCAGCAAGACCGCGUCGAGGACAUUGGCGACCACCACAGCCUCUUGCAGGCAAGCACCGGCGCGUUUUCGCGGCUGCGCUCACUCAAUCGUACGCUCUACGAAGAGCAGACGUCGGUUGGUAGUAAGGUCAAUGGGCUGAAGACCAAGGUGGACAGGCUGGCGCUGGACCUGGAGAAUGUUCGGCGCGAGCAGACGUUCAUCCAUAGAGAGAUUACAUCGACGCAAAAGCUGGAGACCAUUUACCAGAACAUUCCGAUCAUUUCAGAAGACGAGUUUAGGGAGACUGCGCCUGAGGAGUUCCUGAAGGACACGGAAAAUCCACACACGCUGAUGCUCAACCGACUGAGGCUGAUGGAGGAGAAGAAGAAGGUCAAGGCCGUGCGCGAUGAGCUGAGAGUCGGCAAGCGCAAGCGCAACGACCACCUUGAGGAAAUCGAUAGCCAGCUGCGCAAGCAUGUCGGCGGUAUCAUCAAGCUCAGCAAGAAGCUCUGUGGUGAAACGACCCAGAAACCCGAGGACGAGUCCCAGCCCACUCCUGGCAGCGCUACUGAGGAGGGCGAAGAGGGCGAAGAGGGCGAAGAGGGCGAGGACGAUACGGAGCAUGAGGCAAAGCGCAGCCACAUAGCGCAGAGUAUCCGGGACACUGACCCAUCGCGCAUUGGCACUCCUCGGAUUUAG